AUGAGAGACGCUUUGCCUGUCGAGACGAAAGUAGCAGCUAGUCCCUAUUAUUUAGCAGAUGAAUCUAAAUAUAGAAAGGUAAGUUAAUUAAUUAACACAACAGCACUUAUUUUUAUUAAUAAUAUCUGUAUUCUUUUGAAGGACAUGUGGACAAUGUGUUUUUGGGACUUUGUCCUGAAUUAAAAAAUUGCUACUAGUGUUGUAAAAUCGGCCACACAAUUUGUUUGGCACAGACAGUUUCUUCUAUUAAUUUGAACUUGUAAUUUACAAAAUAUUGAAUUUGUUUCUCUAUAGAAAUCCCUUAAUUUAAAAAGUAUAGACUCUCGCAGUACCAAUUAAUACAUGUGUAUCAUAUGUCAAUUUCUGUACAAUAUACAUAUAGUACUAAUUAACCUACUAUGCCUGCAUGUGCCUAUUUUUAACUCUACAAACAUCUGAACCAUAGAAAUAUUAUGUCUAUUAUUUCUAUGAUCUGAAGAUUGGCAAUGACAUGUCCCAAUUAGUUGUUAUGGUUCUUUAUGGUUGUUUAAUACAGGUUACUUGCACUAUGUUUAAAUUUCACACUAGCUCCAAAAUAUGGGCCCCCCUUGGACCCAUGACAAUAUAUUUGUAGUAAACAGUCUUCAAAUAUCUUUUUUUAUCUUUUCAGGUUGCAAAUGCAUUUGGGAUUGGCAAAACAACUUUGUCAAAAAUCCUACGGUCUGUUUGUUUGGCUAUAGUAGAGCUACUUGGGAAAGAAUUCAUUAAAAUCCCUACUGAUGAGAAUGACAUAACCAGCCUAGCCAGUCAGUUUUAUACACGACAUGGAUUCCCUCAAUGUAUUGGGGCUAUAUCAAACAACCGAAAGGAAAAUCGUCCUAGUACAUUAAUCGAAAGGGCUGUUACAGUUUAA